UUGGGGUUCUGGGUUCUGAGGGGUUUUACAGAGAAACUCGAUACCCAUUUCAGCUUCGUUUUCAGUUCUUAUCCAUCUCUCCUAUGAACCAACGCUCUUCGCUUCUCCUUCCUUCUUUAUACUUCUUCUCCUUCCUUCUUUAUACUUACUUCUUCUCCUUCUCAAGUUCUACGCUUCCUUUGUAUGCUAACUAAGUUUGUUUGCCGAAGUUGAAGUUCCAUUUAGCCAUAACCAACUGGAAAUCCAGACUUUCAUUUACAACUCUGGAAUUUCUUUAUUGUUGUAUCCUGAACCCUAUUCCCAAGCAAUACUUGAGGUCGUAAUCUUGUAGAAAUGGCGCUGCAACAUACACUACGUUUACCCUUUCUGGUUUUGCCUUCUUCUAAUUGCCGAUUCCAAGGGGGUGCUUUCGCUUUUGCGCCCACCAAUUCGCAACCCAGCGAUGCUUUCGCUUCAUGGAGGUUGAAGUCUUCUUAUCCUUCAUCCACCGCUUCGGUGAACUUGUCUUUCCUGGGUAGUUAUUUUAGAAGCAGCCCUCGAAGGGCCUACAAAACUGCUGGAUCCCUCUGGUCAGGUGAUGGAAAGAAGAAAAAGGGACAAGCAGAUACGGACUCCGAUGAGGAAGAUGAUUCUUCUUCAGCAGAGCAGCAAGACCUUGAGCCUAUGGAUGUAGAAGAGAGACGGGAAUGGAGGGAGAAGAUUAGGGAAGUGAUUGAUAUGAACCCCGAUGUUGAGGAGGAGAUGGACAUCAUGGAAAGGAGAAGGAAGAUGCAAAAGCUUCUAGCUGACUAUCCUCUUGUUGUGGAGGAGGAAGAUCCUAAUUGGCCCGAGGAUGCUGACGGUUGGGGUUUCAACUUGGGUCAGUUUUUUGAUAAGAUCACCAUCAAAAAUAAGAAAAAGGAUGAUAAAGAUGAUGAUGAUGAUAAAGAUGACACUGAUGAUGAAGUAGUUUGGCAAGAUGACAACUACAUUCGUCCAAUUAAGGACAUAGCAACUGCUGAAUGGGAGGAGGCUGUAUUUAAGGACAUUAGUCCACUAAUCAUUCUUGUACAUAAUCGCUACAAAAGGCCAAAGGAAAAUGAAAAAAUUCGCAAGGAGCUAGAGAACGCCAUCCACAUAAUAUGGAAUUGCAAUCUGCCUUCGCCAAGAUGCGUUGCUGUUGAUGCUGUUGUUGAACGCAACUUGGUCUCUGCUCUUCAAGUGUCUGCCUUUCCAGAGAUUAUCUUCACUAAAGCAGGGAAGAUUUUAUACCGUGAGAAGGGAUUUGUAAGUGCAGAUGAGUUGUCGAAAAUAAUGGCGUUCUUCUACUAUGGAGCAGCUAAGCCACCAUGUUUAAGUGACGUUAGGGAUUAUCAGGAGGCGAUCCCAUCAGUUUCUGUUGAUGCCUGAUUAUGCCAUAGGAGGAUAGGCAAAGUAUAUGCUCUUUUUGGUCUGUUGUAGAUGAGGAGUUUCAGCAAUCGGUUUGUUGGGGCAAUCUUUUUUGUAUUGAAAGGCCAAUGUUCUUUGUCUUUUAGUCCUGCAACUUCAUGAGCUGUUCAAGGCUAUUACCGAAAUAUGAAAUGUAUCAUAGCUUAAGAUGACAUAGCGACAAGAGCAGGUGCUCUUCUGGAUUCAAAAUCUUGUUGGCGAUGAGUGAUGAUGCCUUCGGUUAGUGACCAUCAACCAACGUCGUUUCCAUGGAAAAGGUAAUCUUUUUCAGGCAUCUCUUAACAUUUGCAGACUCUUUCUACGUGCUAAUUUGCAUACAUUGUAACAUCUUCUCGAGUCCACCCUUGUAUGAAAUUUAUGAAAUUCUUUGAUACCGUUGUUGCAUCAUUUUAAUUUAACAAUCAGCUAAAAUAAUCACAUGCAGCUUGGCUAAGUUCUAAGUUCGAGGCA